AUGAACUCAAUUCACACCGGUAACUUCCAGCUGAGCAAAGGAGGGGAGGUGCUGAAGCUGUACAGCGAGGUGGAGGCAAAGUGUCUGGACUGCCUGAUGAGAGACCCGCUGAGGCCCUUUGUCCCGCAGUACCACGGCUUGGUCACCAGAGGGGAGAGCUGCUACAUCCGGCUGGAGGACCUGCUGAGCGGUCUGAGGAAGCCCGUUAUCAUGGACUGCAAGAUGGGAGUCAGGACAUACCAGGAGGAAGAACUGAUUAAAUCUCGCACCAAAGCCACCCUGCGCAGCGACAUGUACCAGAAAAUGGUGAAAAUAGACCCAUCUGCUCCAUCAGCAGAGGAACACGCACAGAAUGGGGUGACCAAAUGGCGCUACCUCCAGUGGAGGGAUUCAACCAGUUCUACAUCCACACUGGGCUUCAGGAUAGAGGGCAUUAUGAUGGAAGACACCAGUGUUCAGCGGGACUUCAGAAAGAUUCAGACUUUAGGUCAGGUGACAGAGGCGCUGCUCUACUUCACCGGUGGUCAGCUGGAAACUCUGAGAGCGUACCACUCCAGACUACUGGCCCUGAGCGACGCACUGAAGAAUUCACCGUUUUUCAGAACCCAUGAGGUGAUUGGCAGCUCGCUUCUCUUCGUCCACGACCACAGCAAGGCCAGCGUGUGGAUGAUAGACUUUGGAAAGACGACCCCGCUGGCAGACGGCAGGGAGCUCCGACACAACGUCCCGUGGGUUGAAGGCAGCAGGGAGGACGGGUACCUCAUCGGUCUGACCUCCCUCAUCACCUCUCUGAGUCAGGCCAUCAGUGUGGCCUCCUGGCAGCAGGACGGUGGCUGUGGAGAGGAAAAGACUGUUUAAUGAUGUACACAGAGGGCUGCAUUUGUGGCAUCCGAGAUUAAACAACACUGAAGUUCAAGAUUGGAUGGAUAAAAUGGUCGCUGUUACAGGUUGAACUGUUGAGACGACAAGAGGAGGAUUUGUUUAUAGUAACUUUAAUGUAGCUAAAUACCACAGAAAUUUAUGAGGUUGUCCUGUAGCUGUAUACUUGGUAUGUGUUUACAGUGUUUUGUUACAAAGAUAGGCUUUUAAGAUUUUACAAGACUUUUUAAAACACUUUUCUAUUCUUUAUUUAGCCUUCACAAAGGACCAAAAAUCCAAAGAUCUUUGUGUUGAUGCUAAUGACUCUUUUUUCAUUUGGUUAGUCGGCAGAAAAUCAAAGCUCUCAUCUGUGUUUUAACAUACACUCAGCUAAUUAUUUUAGUGCAGCAAAGGUAUCUUGAAGUAAAUCAUACAGACAAAUAGGCACAUUAGUUGAAGUUAUAUUGAUAAGAAAAAAUGUUUUUGUAUCAGGUAUUUGAAAUAUUUUCUUAUGAUGAAGCUGAAAUGUUUUUUUUCUGUUACUUAUAUCCUUUACAAUUAAAUGGUCCAAGCCAAGUAAAAUAAACAAUGAUUGCUUAUA